AUGUUCGCCAUUCUCCUCCUCAUUUUCCCAAUGCUCGCGUUUUCGGAUUAUUGCGGCGAUCAUAAGAUACCGUAUGGUGUCGAGGUGCACAAAAACGGCAAAUUGCGACUGUUGUGCACACGGCCGAAUUGUCACGAGAAGAAAUAUGCGGAGUGUCCGGAACGAGCCGAUCAGCAAUCGUGCACCUCCAACUCAUCGUGGGUCGGCGGUCUCGAGCAGAACGCCGACGGCGAGCUGACGCUUCGCUGCUGCGAGUACGAUCUGCUUUCCGAAUACGCGACAAUCCAAUUUAUGGAUCUUCCGAUUCACGCCGGCGAGUAUUUCGAGGGCGAGGAGAAAAUGGACGGCGACGCGGUCGUCGAGUUCGAUCUGAUUGGCAAUAUUGUGCCGAAAAUUGAUGAGAAUGGCACAUCCUACCUGCUCACCGUCUAUCGCUAUCAUUGCGGCGACAUUCCCGACGCGCCUCCGAACUGGUACAUUCCGAAUCAAUGGCCCUAUUUCAAAUGA